GGUUGUGCUGUGUUGUAUUGUGCAAAACGAGAGCGAUCGACAGUAGCGCCUGCCAUUUGUUUACAUCAGAGUCCAUACUCUGCUUUCCUCGACGUGUUAGGCCGGUCUUACUUUACAUCUAUGGUGCUCGCUUUUUGAUGCUUGAGCUGCCUCUGUUCACUUCACGUUUGGUUCUCUGACAUGUAAUACAGUUUCUUUUGGUGUACUUGUGGAUUCAUCUUUGGAAGCCGCUCACUGGUGGUGGAUGCUUUGCUUGAUUUCUCAGUAGACAGCAAAAGAUUGAGCUUACAUUUAUGGAGGGUUCUGACACUAGUUGAACCUACAUGUAUGCUAUUUGAAGCCUUGAGUUAAAUUUAUCAGUGGCUGUUGAACUAUCACGCUGCAUUUCUGGCUCUCGUCCUAUCCGGAUUAUCAAUGUUAUGGCUUUGGUGUAAUUGAUAUGGACUUCUGGAUGACUUUUUAAGUUCUGGGAGAUAAGGGUUUCUAUUUAUGCAUCUCCCUUUCAGUCUUUGCAUGGUGGUGACUAACAGAAAGCAGAUAUGCUUUGAUUAUUAUUUAGCCCUCAAACUUGGAAAUUGAGUGCAUUGUUCAUUGACAAUGGAUAUGACUGUGUUAAGUCUGUUGUUGUUGGUGCAAUUACCAAGAAUAUAUUCCUCGGAGUUUUUCGAGUCAAAGGUUUGUGGCGCUGAUCGCAUAGCCUAUUCAUAUUCGAAUGGUUGUGAACUGUUUUACAUAAAUGGAAAUGCAGUCGACAAAGUUUUGUUCUGUGAUGCCCUCCAAACUUAUCGUGCAAAUGGUUGCAAAUUUGAGGGAUACCUCGGAAGUAAUCAAUGUGGAUUGGAGUUUUCACCAGCUUAUUUGGCCUUUAAGAUGGGAAGGAAACUUUUGCAAAAGGAGCUAGGGGAAAGAUUAGCAAUUGACACUCAGAGAAGGCGUGUCAAUAGUUCCAAAUGGCUGUCAUCCCCAAAAAUAGCUGGCAUGGCAACAACAGGAGUUUUGGUUUUGUGUUGUAUUUUCCUCUGUGCCUUCUUUCAUAAGAAAAAAAAAGCAGCUUCCCACGCUGUUCUUGCUAAGGACCCAUAUUCAAUAGAUUCGGCUUCUUCUUCUGAUGUGAAUUGUGCUUCCGAAAAGAUUCCUACCAUGCCAGUACCACCUAGUCCUUCCAGAUUCUCAUUGUCACCAAAACUCACAAGACUGGGAUCAUUACACCUCAAUUUUAGUCAGGUUGUCAAAGCGACAGGCAAUUUCUCACCAUCAUCACGAAUAGGUGAAGGAUGCUUUGGAACUGUCUACAGAGCCCGACUAGAAGAUGGCCAGGUGGUUGCCAUAAAACGGGCAAAGAAGGAACUCUUUGUCAGUAGUGAAGUUGAACUUCUGGCCAAAAUUGAUCAUCGAAACCUAGUCAAGUUGCUAGGUUAUAUCGACAGAGGAAAUGAACGCCUUAUCAUCACAGAACAUGUGCCAAACGGUACUCUAAGAGAACAUUUGGAUGGUCAGCGUGGGAAGAUCCUGGAUUUCAAUCAGCGACUCGAAAUUGCCAUUGAUACUGCUCAUGGCCUAACUUAUCUCCAUCAAUAUGCAGAGAAGCAAAUUAUCCAUCGGGAUGUGAAAUCGUCCAACAUCCUUCUUACAGAAAGCAUGAGAGCCAAAGUGGCUGAUUUUGGAUUUGCAAGGCUUGGUCCAAUGGAGUCUGAUCAAACACACAUUUCUACCAAAGUGAAAGGGACAGUUGGCUACCUAGAUCCUGAGUACAUGAGGACCUAUCAACUCACCACCAAGAGUGAUGUCUACUCAUUUGGGAUUUUACUCAUGGAGAUUCUGACAGGCCACCGUCCUGUGGAUAUGAAAAGACCUGCUGAAGAUCGGGUGACACUUAGAUGGGCCAUUAAGAAGUAUAAUGAAGGAAGUGUGGUAGAAUUGGCAGACCCUUUGAUGGAGGAAGUCGUCGAUUCUGAGAUACUUACGAAAAUAUUUUCUUUGGCAUUCCACUGUGCAGCACGUACUCGAGAUGAUCGCCCGGACAUGAAAUCAGUGGGAGAGCAGUUGUGGGCAAUAAGGGCAGAGUACCCUAAGAGUGCAAGGAGAGGGCGUUGACUGAAAUCCGAGAGUUGGCAUUUGUAAAUCAGUUUGUGUUGUCUUCAGCUUUACACCAUGAAGCAGAUUUUUCCUACGAAAUAAACCUUACUUUGGAGCUUUUCUUAAUUUCUUGCUUUACUCUGCAUUCAUGAACACAUAUGAAGACUUGUAUUGUUUUCCAA